UGGUGCGUCCAAAUUAAACGUCUUUCGUACCAUUUUUUUCUUUCCAUUUCCAUCGCAACCAGCCAAUAAGCAGGCUCGUGCGCGGACUGCCGGUGCUAACACGGGGAAAAGAAUUCCAAACAGAUACUCUACCGGCCACUCUCCAUUCUCAUCUCCUUUGUUUCUCGACCUCCUUGUUUUCACCUCACUUCCUUCUUUCGCCGUCAGUCUAUUAGUCCUUAUAGUUCCUAGGAGAUGCACGCAGCAGCUAGCUCGGUAGCUUCAUCCGGGAAGAAGAGAAGAAGGUUCUGCCGGAGGAGAAGCAUGGCGUCCUCGGUGGGUCAUAUAGGCGGCCAUCACCGUCGGCUGUUGGACACGGCAGGCCCGCCGGCAGCACCGCCAGGGAAAGCAGCGGUCAACAGGUCGAGCUCAAGCCCGGACACAACACGGAUAAUGGUGGGCGUGCUGGUAACGGUCAUCUUCUGCACGCUGCUCUACUGCAUCUACUGCUGGAGAUGGCGGAAGCGUAACGCCAUCAGGAGGUCGCUGAUUCAGAGGCUCGGGCCGCGGUCGAGCUCGGACUUGCCGCUCAUUGACCUCACCUCCAUCCUAGCGGCCACUGAGAAUUUCGCCGAGGCCAAAAAGCUCGGCGAGGGAGGGUUCGGACCAGUCUACAGAGGCGUGCUGAGCGGCGGCUCAGAGGUCGCCGUCAAGCGUUUGUCCGCGCGGUCGCGGCAGGGUGCGGCGGAGUUCCGGAACGAGGUGGAGCUGAUUGCCAAGCUGCAGCACCGCAACCUGGUGCGCAUGCUGGGCUGGUGUGCCGAGCGCGACGAGAAGCUACUUGUCUACGAGUACCUCCCCAACGGCAGCCUCGACGCCUUCAUCUUCGAUCGGAGAAAGAGAGUGCAGUUGGGCUGGAGCACACGCUACAACGUCAUCCUUGGCAUCGCUCGUGGCCUCCUCUACCUCCACGAGGAUUCCCUCCUCAAGAUCGUCCACCGGGACCUCAAGGCCAGCAAUGUGCUCCUUGACGACAAGAUGAACCCCAAGAUCUCCGACUUUGGCAUGGCCAAGAUCUUCGAGGAGUCAGGUACUGGCAUCAACAUGAUCGGACGCGUCGUUGGAACCUAUGGGUACAUGGCGCCCGAGCUCGCGUUGGAGGGCGUGUUCUCAGUGAAGUCUGACGUCUUUAGCUUCGGAGUGCUCCUCCUAGAGAUCCUAAGCGGGCAGCGGAAUGGUGCACUAUACCUUGAGGAGCACGACCAAUCUCUCAUCCGAGGCGCAUGGAAGCUGUGGAUCCAAGACGCUGCGGCCGAGUUCAUGGACCCGUCUCUUGGCCGAUCCUACUCAAGGGACGAGGCGUGGCGGUGCUACCACGUCGGCCUGCUCUGCGUGCAGGGAAACCCCGAGGUCCGUCCCACCAUGUCCAGUGUCCUCCUCAUGCUCAUCAGCGACCAUAUGGAGCUCCCAGCACCAGACAAGCCACCGUUGUUCACAAGGCACAGUAGCAUACCGUUCCCGGCAAUGCCACUCUCAAUCAGGAUAGAGUCAAGGGUGUCUCCUCCUCAUUCCAUCAAUGAUGUCACCAUCACUGCAAUCAAACCGCGAUGAGGUUACAAUAGUUCGGUAAUAACAGUCGCAUCAUUAUUCCAACAAGAAAAGUCAGUUCUCAAGGCGCGCGAUUAUUGAAAGAGAUCCCACAGAGAUUUGUUAAUGAUGCCAAACCUUAUAGAGAAUUUAUAUUAUGUACAAUUUUGAAUUGAAAUUGUACAAAGAGUACUUUAUUUCUCCUAACUCCAUUC